UUUACCUAACUUAACAAAGGGUCUGGAGUUGGAGCAGCCAACCAGAUAGCGUCGGUGAACAAAGAUAUGGGAUCCCUAAGCCCACAGAAAACUAAUGAGGGAGAGCAAAUUGAAAAGGGAAUAAUUGAAUAGUCAGCCUGCAAGUGGUGAAUGCAUGUGAAUGAGAAUUAUGAGAUGAACAAGAGCGUCCGGUUCUCACCUCUCUAUCCCUUGUGAGAGAGACAGUCCAUGAAGGAAGGUCCACACAAGAAAAGCCGACAGAAGCAGCCUAUAAAGGAGGAGAUAUCGAUGACGGGAUUGGCAUGAACAAGCACAUUGAUAAGAGAGAACAAGAGAGAACAAUGGAGAAUCAUUGGAAGGUUAAAGGGACGGCCAGAGUGUCCAAGCUUAAAGACUUGUUUGGCAAGUCUCUGAGGAUUGAGCUGGUGCCUUCAAACGCAGACAAGACCACCAUCAAAGGGGAAGCGCGAAGGACAGGGAAGACGGAGAAGGAGAUAUCGUUGUACGACGCGUCGUUUGAGGUGCCCAGAGAUUUUGGGGAGGUGGGGGCGGUUCUGGUGCGGAAUGACCACAGCAAGGAGAUGUUCCUCCACGACAUUCUUCUCGACGGCUUCCCUCAGGGCCCUCUGCGUUUCACCUGCGAUUCAUGGAUCCAGCCUUCUCUCCUCAGAGUCUUCUUCUCCAAUCAUAAGUCAUAUUUGCCAUCGGAGACACCAAGUGGCCUGAAAAGGCUGAGAGAGGAGGAGCUGGCGGAGGUGAGAGGCAAUGGCGACGGAGAAAGAAAGAGUUCCGAUAGAAUAUACGACUAUGACGUCUAUAACGACCUUGGCGACCCUGAUUCCAACGUCGACCUCACCAGACCCGUUCUUGGUGGUUCCCGGCAUCCCUACCCUAGACGCUGUCGCACUGGUCGCAAACCUUCUUCUGCAGACCCAUCUUCAGAGAAGAGGAGUUUAAGUGUGUACGUUCCUCGCGACGAAGCAUUCUCAGAGACCAAACAGACUCAAUUCACCGCAACCACAGUAUCCGCAGGGGUGAGUGCACUGAUACAAUCCUUAGAUGCGGCGGCGGUAGACCAAAACCUUGGAUUUCUGACAUUCUCAGAAAUAGAUAUGCUUUUCAAAGAUGGAUUUGAGGUGCCAACUCUUAAGAACAGUGGCAAUGGACUCCUUCAGACGUUCAUUCCCAAGCUCAUUCAAGUUGUUUCAGGUAGCCAACAAGUCUUGCGCUUCGAGGCCCCUGAUACUAUUGACAGGGAUGAAUUCUUUUGGUUUUCUGAUGAGGAAUUUGCCAGAGAGACUCUGGCAGGUGUUAACCCUUGUAGCAUAAAACUGGUUAAGGAAUGGCCACUGAUAAGUAAGUUAAACCCCACUAUUUAUGGUCCCCCUGAAUCAGCGAUCACCAGAGAUGUAAUUGAGCAACAGAUAAGUGGCUACACCACGGUUGAAAAGGCCAUUGAAGAGAAGAAGUUGUUCAUCAUAGAUUACCAUGAUUUACUGCUUCCAUAUGUGAGCAAAGUGAGGCAACUCGAGGGAAGAACAUUGUAUGGAUCAAGGACAGUGUUCUUCUUGACCGCACAAGGCACACUGAAGCCACUGGCUAUUGAGCUAACUAGACCACCAAUGGAUGGGAAGCCACAAUGGAGGCAAGUCUUCACGCCUUCCAGUGGUUCCACCAAUCUUUGGCUUUGGAGACUUGCCAAAGCUCAUGUGCUUGCCCAUGAUUCUGGUGUCCAUGAACUUGUCAGCCAUUGGCUAAGAAGUCACUGUGCUGUAGAACCAUUUGUGAUUGCAACAAACAGACAGCUCAGUGCGAUGCAUCCUAUUUACAGAUUGCUGCACCCUCAUUUGAGAUAUACAAUGGAGAUCAAUGCUCUUGCUCGUCAAGCACUCAUUAGUGCUAAUGGCAUCAUUGAGAUCUCUUUCUCAACUGGAAAAUAUUCUAUGGAGUUCAGCUCUGAAGUGUAUGACCAGCUUUGGAGGUUUGAUUUGCAGGCACUUCCCAAUGAUCUUAUUGACAGAGGAAUGGCAGAAAAAGAUCCUAAUGCACCCCAUGGCCUGAAGCUAACAAUAGAAGACUACCCUUUUGCCAACGACGGCCUUCUCAUAUGGGAUGCCCUCAAGCAGUGGUUCACGGACUAUGUCACUCACUACUAUCCAAACCCAAGCCUCAUAGAGUCAGACGAGGAGCUCCAAGCAUGGUGGACUGAGAUCAGAAUGGUGGGCCAUGGAGACAAGAAGAAUGAGCCAUGGUGGCCAAAUCUCCAAACCCCGCAGGACCUAAUUCAGAUCCUCACCACCAUAGCCUGGCUAGCCUCAGCUCAUCAUGCUUCUGUGAACUUUGCUCAAUAUGCUUAUGGGGGCUACUUCCCUAACAGACCCUCCAUUGCCAGAAACAAGAUGCCUACAGAGGACACUUCAAAGGAAGAGUGGGAGAGAUUUGUGAACAAGCCUGGGCAAGCCCUUUUGGAGAAUUUCCCUUCACAGAUUCAAGCCACUAUAGUGAUGGCAGUUCUGUAUCUACUAUCUGAUCAUUCCCCAGAUGAAGAGUAUAUAGGGCAGAAGAUAGAGCCUUCAUGGGCUGAGGAUCCAACCAUAAUGGCAGCCUUUGGGAGGUUUAAUGGGAGGCUGAAGGAGAUUGAGGAGAUUAUAGACGAAAGAAAUGGUAAUGAGAAGUUGAAGAAUAGGAAUGGAGCUGGGAUUGUGCCUUAUGAGCUAAUGAAGCCGUUUUCUGGUCCUGGAGUCACUGGAAAAGGAAUUCCAAAUAGCAUAUCAAUUUGAAUCAGUGGCAUGAUUUAAGCAAAAAAAAUAAUGUCGUGUAAUUUAAUUUGAUCCUUGGAUUGUUUAUGUCGAUCUGGCUUUUGUCCUGGAUAUUAGUGGCUGAAACGAAUGAACUCGUGAGAUGUUAGUAACCCGUGUCACUACUAUAUUUCGAGGGCUUAAAUUAUAUAGUUUAGUAAUUUAAGAACA